AACACAUCCACGCUACUUCUCUCUACCGCAUCCAGGUACGUUUCCACCUGUGUCUGUUUUACCUGGAUGGUUUGUGCAGCAUGUCAGGUUCCAAGCCCCAAGUGAUGAGGCUGCUGCUCCCUCUCGUGGCGGUGUGGCUCGCCCUGCCCCCCGCCGCCCUGCCCUGCGAGUACCGAUCCAUUGAUCCAAGGCAUACCAUGUGUGCCUUCGGGGCGCGACAGUGUCCUGGCAAGAAUAUGUUACGUACUGGCGGUCUUACCUGUCAGGACAAAGAGAUUAUCUUGGACACUCACAACAUGCUUCGGCAGAAAGUCUCCUUGGGGCAAGUCAGGAACCAGCCAGCUGCUCUCAACAUGCGUGCUUUGAUGUGGGAUGAGGAAUUGGCAAAAGUGGCUCAGAGAUGGGCAGACCAGUGCAUGCCCGGCCAUGACAGAGCCAGGAAUGUGGUACGGUUCCCAGUGGGGCAGAAUGUCGCCGCCACCUGGACUUACGAGGUUGACGAAGGGGAUACUCCAGACUUCCCGACGCAGAUAGAGGCGUGGUUUAACGAGGUGAACCAGCACGGCUUUGCUAAGGGUAGCGUCGACCCCUUCAGAUUCAGCAAGGCGACAGGUCACUAUACUCAGAUGGUUUGGGCUGAGACUUACCUAGUAGGCUGUGGCUAUGCUUACUACAAGGACCCUUCACUCGGCUACACCAAGAUAUACGUGUGUAACUAUGGACCCGGAGGAAACGUCAUCGGCGGGUCCAUGUACAAGUUGGGCUUCCCAGGACAACAGUAUUGUGUGAACGACGGUCUGCACCCCUCGCAAGCUUACCAGGGCCUGUGUGAUCGCGACGCCGUCAGCCAGCCCGGGCCCUGCGGCAACACCUUCAAGCACACACCCAGCCCGCCCGUCUCCAACAGCAUCUCCAGCGGGCACUCCAUGAUGCCUCCCCGCCCCCACCCACGCCACCACAACAUGGCCAUGCCUCCACCCCAGCCCAUGAUGCUCUCCGACGAGUAUAUGGACCACGAGGACCGCGACGUGAUGCGGCCCGGCAACUUCUUGUCCAAGGGCAUCCAUGAACCCAUCAUGGGCCUCAUGAAGAUCUUCAACCCCUGGAAGCUGAUGGACCACAUCACCGGCUAGGACCGCCGCCGCCGCCGCCGCUACUGCUGCUGCUACUGCUGACGUCACGCCGCCGCCGCCCCGCUGGUGGGCCGCUACGCAGGCGGCGCCACACUAGAGGUGCUCCAGGCGGCUCAGCAUGGCCCGCCGCUCGGCUGAUGCAGGCCGAGCCGUGGCGGGCCGCGCGUGAUGAGGCGCCGCUGUCAUCUCGUCGUUAGUUACUAAUGGAGAAUGAGGCGCCACGGGCCUUGCCUCGGACACCCGCUGCUCCGCCCCGCCACAACCACAUCCCGCGAAGCAAGACAGGCGUGGGGCGGAGCGGCGGGCGUACGCGGGCUGGCACGAGGCGGCGGUGCUCUCAAAUAUCUGUCUUCUGGGAAGACACUUCAUCGGGGGUGGGGAUGGCGACCCGCCCUCGGGACACCCGCGGCGGGUGGGGAGCCCGACGGGGGGCGCUGAUACGGGUUGGGGUGAGGCGGCGAGAUCCCGCUCCGCCAGCACACCGCGCCGCCGCACCAGGAAAUCAGUCUUCACGUCGUCGAGUCCUUCACGGCGCGAGCGGCGCGGUUUAGGCAUGGCGGGGCUGGGCCUCGCCAGGGCGCCACAAGAGGCUAUCUACCACACAGUGUGCCGCGCCACCACGGGCAUGGUACACACAGGUCACAGGUUGCCGGUCACGGGUGUGGCCGCCGCACACACAUACAGACACACGCAAGCAGAAGUAAUCAGCUUAAGGUUAAUCAUCUAAAACAAAACCCAAUAAAAAAAUGCACUAGCUAGACCACUCCGCUAACACCCCGGCGCCGCCAGGGGCAAGACAUUGUAAUUUUGUACAUAAGAGAGAUAUAUGUUUGUGUAUGAAUGUAUACGUGUAUGUACAGAAGACUGUCUCGGCGAGGCCGCUAGAGCCUUGCCUGAAAAACUGUAAAAACAUCAACUAGAUAAAAAAGAUAAAAAACAAAAAAGACAUACAAUCUGAAGAGGCUAUUUAUUGUAUUUAUACAAUUACUUCGCUUGAUAUCAUGGUGCCAAACUUGUAAAUAAAUGAUGCAUCAAAUGCG